CGCUCCUCCCAUAAGAAUAAUUGCGAUAAAAAAGGAAUACAGGAGCAUUGGGUUUUCCGCAUUCUCGCGGUCUCACGGUCUCAUUGAUCCUUGUUUAAAAAAUCACAAAAAUCAGCAACGCUAAGCCAAACUACAAAGCACAAAUAUGGCUCCGAUCGUGAUAAAUGAGCAAAGGGAACAGCCACUGGCUUGCCCGUGGGAAAUUCUCGCUGGGGACUGCAUCGUGGCCAAAUUUGAGACGUUGCGGCAGUUUCUGGAAAUUUGGAGGUAGUAUAAUUUAUCGUCUUAAGCUUUUGAUUAUGAUUUAGAUUUUGUUCAUCUCCAUCGAUCGUACUCAUACAUCGAAUUCGCUGAUGAUUGUGAUUCUCUUUCUAUCUUCACUCGAAUCCAAUCAGGUGUAUAGCUCCUGUUCCGGAGUUGACGGAAGAUUUGCAUGUCUUUCGAGCCGGACUGUACAGGAGAACUACAAUCUGUACCUCCACCCCAGGAGGAGUGCAGGACGAGGCGCGUUCGUCGUGCAAUCAGAUCGCAUGCUCUUACGCGUUCACACGUGCAACGGGAAAUAAUGAGCGUGGGUGGCACGUCAAAGAAAUACAAAAUCCGAAUCGUCAGAACGCGACUACUAGCUCCACAAGCACAAGAAGCGCUUUUCAUCCUAGCACGUCAUCGUCGAAGUCAUCUUCUUCGGAGAACGAGACUGUAGCAGCAGGCGAGGCACAGCUUGACGUACGCAAGAAUGCAGGCGUUCCUUCUCUUGUUACAGCUAGAAGUACGGGUUGCGUUGAUCAUGAUGUACAACGAGAGCUGCACCACCAGCACAACAAUAUUAUUAAAGUGAGCUAUGACAACAUCGCGAUAGACCACGUUUCUAAGCGGAAAACAGAUCAAAAAAACGUAGUCGAAGAGCGGCCGAGAAUAAGAGUGAAAAACGCCACGCCUACGCCGAAAACGUGGCACCCACGGCGGCUCGAUCUAGACGAAACUGGUCUGUCGAUUACUCCCGAACUGCUCCUCGCAACACCAAGCACUUCCAGCGGGGCGAGCGCCCUCUUCGACGAAUCUGGCGCCUCAUUAUCAGGAGCAAAUAGGACGCCAGGCUCCACUAAUCAUGAUCACAAGACCGAUUGUGGUUUCAAACGGAGAUCCUCAUUUAAUAUGUUGGGUGGAGCAGGAAGUAGUUGUGCAACUUCUAGUACAGGAGCUGGCAGCCCAGAUAUAGCUACGUUCGGAGUGGAGCACGUAGUAGAAAAUGCUGGGCCAAGUGAUACAAAUCAGAACUUGAUGAACUUCUCUUUGUACCCGAACGCGUCUACUUCGACGGUUUCUUCUCCCGUGGACACUGACGCUCCAGAAGGAUCCAACAGUUUAGCCUACGAGACGCGCAAGAAAAUUUUUAACGAGAUGAAUACUACGCCAGAUACUUUUUUUCGUGACCUUCUUUUCUCCCUGGUUGCAGACGAGCUGCAGGACGCCAUAGGAAUUUCCGUCACGCCAGGUAACGGGCAGCUACAAGCAGUAUGUGAAAAGAACACUAUGUAUCAUGUCAUUUCCUGAGAAACGGCACGUGCUGACUUCCUUUUACAAAAAGCACAUGGAAUUCAAGUUAUAUAUAAAGCCGAAUUUCGACACGACCAUAAAAGUCUUCACUCACUUUUUUUCAACUAUUUUUUCAGCAGGUACACAUAACGAAGGCGAAGAUGAGGUGGGUGCUAUUUCGAUUUCUUUGUGGACGCAUUGCAGGAACGAUGUCGAUCAUUGCAAUGUGAGCGCGACUACAUAACCGACACUUCCGUUUGAUCGAUCUAACGACACCCAAGACUGAAUUCCAAGGAACAUGAGGGCGCAUGAAACUCAUGUUUUUCCUUUUCACAUGCUGCUUCGCGCUAUGUAGAAGACAUUUUUACACGCUUACUCCGAUAAAGAUUGAUGGUCAACAACAAGUGGAAUGUAGUUCUUCGAGGUCGAUCUCGAGGUCGUCCUUUGCAAUGUACAACUGAAGCUUUGCUGUACGACGUGAUUAUACCUCCACGCGUGCUGCUGUCGCCGUCGGGCGUUUCACAACUUUGCUACGCUGAGGAAAAAUUGCGAGAUCAUGAUUCUUCUAGAAGUAGGCGAAAGGUAGAAGAAUGGG